AUGCAGUUCUCCAAGUCUCUUAUGCUGCUGGCAGCUCUCACCACUGGUGCUCUGGCUCGCCCAGAAGGCAUUGCCCGCCGUCAGGCUACUGCUACAUCUAGCUCCUCGACUUCUACUUGGACUGCCGUUCCCUCCAGCAGCAGCUAUGCCACCUCAGGCUUUGGCUCUAGCACCAGCGGCUCCGGCUCCGGCGAUACAUACAUUGGCAACGUCGGCAAUCCUUACGGCAGCAACAUUAUCGAGGUUUCCGCUUCUGAUGCCAGCUCUUACGAGUAUGUUAUUCAGUUCCAGGGCUCCAACACUGAUGACUGGACCGUUGUCAUCUGGAACAAGUACGGCUCCGAUGGCACGAUGGACGGUUUCUACGGAAACGCCUGUCAGACUUUCACCCUCUCUGCCGGUGCCACCAAGUACUACGCCUUCGAUGGCGAUUCCCAGGGUGGCUGGGCUGCUGCCGAGGGUUCUUCUGUUCCCACCGGCAGCUCCGGUGCCUACUCCGCCACCUGGGGAGAGUUCGACUUUGGCUCCACCACCAACAGCGGGUGGUCUGGCUUCGAUGUCUCCGCUAUCCAGGCUCAGAACAAUGGCGAGACUGUCCAGGGUAUGAAGAUCUGUGACGCUCUCGGUUCCACCUGCUCAUCCAUUACUACCAACGCUGGCACUGUCUCCAACGCUUACACCUCCGCUGAGACUGACAUUGGCGGCAUUGGUGGCAACUUGGCUGCCGGUCCUGUCCGUCUGGCUGUCACCAUUGACUACAGCGGCUAA